CGCACGCCGGCUGAGCUGGGUCUUGCUUCUUGGUGCGCGGCGGCGGAAAGCGAGGCCUGGUGAACACCACUGAGCCGUGGGCAAGCUGGUCGAGGUUGUGCUCGGAAGAGGGGCGGUGGGCAGACGAGAGUGCGAGCGCCUUACCCUAGCAGCGGCACCGAGAUCGGCUGCCUCGAGCCGAAAUCAUGACUACCCCAGGAAAAGAGAACUUUCGUCUAAAAAGUUACAAAAACAAAUCUCUGAAUCCUGAUGAGAUGCGCAGAAGGAGGGAGGAAGAAGGACUGCAGUUGCGGAAGCAGAAAAGAGAAGAGCAAUUAUUCAAGAGAAGAAAUGUUGCUACAGCAGAAGAAGAAACAGAAGAAGAAGUUAUGUCAGAUGGUGGCUUUCAUGAGGCCCAGAUUAAUAACAUGGAGAUGGCACCAGGUGGUGUUAUUACUUCUGACAUGAUUGAAAUGAUAUUUUCUAAUAGCCCAGAGCAACAGCUUUCUGCAACACAGAAAUUCAGAAAAUUGCUUUCAAAAGAGCCUAAUCCUCCUAUUGAUGAAGUUAUCAGUACACCAGGAGUAGUGGCCAGGUUUGUGGAGUUCCUCAAACGAAAAGAGAAUUGUACACUGCAGUUUGAAUCAGCUUGGGUACUGACAAACAUUGCUUCAGGAAAUUCUCUUCAGACCCGGAUUGUGAUUCAGGCAGGAGCAGUGCCCAUCUUCAUAGAGUUACUCAGUUCAGAGUUUGAAGAUGUCCAAGAACAGGCAGUCUGGGCUCUUGGCAACAUUGCCGGAGAUAGCACCAUGUGCAGGGAUUAUGUCUUAGACUGCAAUAUCCUUCCACCUCUUUUACAGUUAUUUUCAAAGCAAAACCGCCUGACCAUGACCCGGAAUGCAGUAUGGGCUUUGUCUAAUCUCUGUAGAGGGAAAAGUCCACCUCCAGAAUUUGCAAAGGUUUCCCCUUGUCUGAAUGUCCUUUCCUGGUUGCUCUUUGUAAGUGACACUGAUGUACUGGCUGAUGCAUGCUGGGCCCUCUCAUAUCUAUCAGAUGGACCCAAUGAUAAAAUUCAAGCAGUCAUUGACGCAGGAGUUUGUAGGAGACUUGUGGAGCUGCUGAUGCAUAAUGACUAUAAAGUAGUUUCUCCUGCUUUGCGAGCCGUGGGAAACAUUGUCACAGGAGAUGAUAUUCAGACACAGGUAAUUUUGAAUUGCUCAGCUCUUCAGAGUUUAUUGCAUUUGCUGAGUAGCCCAAAGGAAUCCAUCAAAAAGGAAGCAUGUUGGACAAUAUCUAAUAUCACAGCUGGAAAUAGGGCACAGAUCCAGACUGUGAUAGAUGCCACCAUUUUCCCGGCCCUUAUUAGUAUUUUGCAGACUGCUGAGUUUCGGACUAGGAAAGAAGCUGCUUGGGCCAUCACAAAUGCAACAUCUGGAGGAUCAGCUGAACAGAUUAAGUACCUAGUAGAACUGGGUUGUAUCAAGCCGCUCUGUGAUCUCCUCACUGUCAUGGAUUCUAAGAUUGUACAAGUUGCCCUAAAUGGCUUGGAAAAUAUUCUGAGGCUUGGCGAACAAGAAGCCAAAAGGAAUGGCACUGGCAUUAACCCAUAUUGCGCUUUGAUUGAAGAAGCUUAUGGUCUGGAUAAAAUUGAAUUCUUACAGAGUCAUGAAAACCAGGAGAUCUAUCAGAAGGCCUUUGAUCUUAUUGAGCAUUACUUUGGAACUGAAGAUGAGGACAGCAGCAUUGCACCCCAGGUUGACCUUAGCCAGCAGCAGUACAUCUUCCAGCAGUGUGAGGCUCCUAUGGAAGGUUUCCAGCUUUGAAGCAAUGCUCUGCUUUCAUGUUCCUGUGUAACACCAGGCUACCCAGUCGAGUCCUCUUGUGGAGCCCACAGUCCUCAUGGAGCUAUCUUCUCAAAUGUUUUCCAUAAUACUGUUUGCGCUCAUUUGCUUGCCUUGCGCACCUGCUCUCUUACACACAUCUGGAAAACCUCUGGCUCUCUGUGGUGAAUACCCUUGUAAUAAAAGGGUACCAGAACGACCCACUCUUACGGAAAAAUCCCUAGGCUUUGGAGAUCCGUACUUACGUUAGAGUCAUGGGAAUAUACACAUAUUAACAUGGCUCCCUUUUUUGUGGGGGUAAAAAGAGGACUCCUCAUUCCCUUAAAGGUAGGGAAGAAUUUUGACAUUAAAAGAUAAAACUAAACCUUUAUCUUGAAUUUCACACAGCUACUUGCAACAAGGGAGAUACUUAGACCUGUUGUACGUACUUCAGAGUACUUUUCAUGAGUUCUUCCACAGUGAACCCUUGGAUUAUCCUGGUGGCUUUUUCUAGCCAAAUUUGCAUUAAUCCUUACUGACAUUGGAUGGUUUUCUUUCCUAUAUUGGCGCCAUUCUUCAGAUAUUAAAGUUAAACCAUCCACUCCCUCACCUUCAGCCUUCAGUGAAUGUGCUUUCUAGUUGUCAGGAAUGCUGAAGAUUUAACACUUUGAUUCUUAAAUGUGUUGCUGGUUUGCAGACUCCCUAAAAGCAGGAAGGAGAGGAGCACAUACUAAUUUGUAUGGCUUUUGCUUCUCUUUGGUCUUAUGUGUCUUAGGAUUUGGAAUUUGUUUUAAUUCUAAUGCUGGUAUGAAAAUUUAGAGUUCUUAGUGAAAACUAUAUCCUAUAAUUCAAUAAAAGUGUAAGAAGAAAACCAAGUCCUUUUACUUGCCCCAAACUCAACCAGUGUGAAUAGAGUGAUUAGAGGCUGUUUCUGUAUUACAACAAAUGCUUCAGGCUUUGUGGUCCUGAUAAAGGUCCUCGGUAAAUUGGAGUUCACCCUAGGUGCUUUUUCCCCUCCAAGACUGGCAGAUAACACAUACUUUUAAAGAUUACUUAGGGACUUUUUUUUCCUAGCAAGUGCAGCUUGUUUUUAAUGUAUUCAUGCUGCAUAUAUGAUCCCUGUAAUGUAGCAUUCUUACCUUAAAAAAAAAAUAACCAUUUUCUCAACAUGACUGGCUUAACUCAAAUAAGGGCAGUGAUCUUUUUCUAAUAACUUCAGUGUUCCCUGAUCGUUUUAUGUCAUCUACUACUAGUACCCUACCUUUCCCUACCCCUAAUAAAAACUGUAUCCACCUUCUGGCUCAUUUAAUGAUGACUGCAAUCUGCACCUGCAAGUGGCGCUUCCAGUACUGUGCUCAUUGAUCCACACUUGUACUUGGACUGGAAUGGAAAAAAAUAAGCUUAAUUGCCAAGAGAACUACAAAUGAGUUCAAUCGACUUCUCGGUGCUAGGUGGCCAUCUUGACUCAAUGUUGGGAUACACUGUCAGAGAAGAUUUUUUUUGGUGAUGUUCUGUUCAAAAUGAAUUUUGAAGGAAAAAUUGCUCACUUCUGUUUCAGAGCACAUCCUUUUAAACCUCUUAGACGUCCUCUUCUAGAAUCUAUUAUAACCCCAAAGUGUAAAACUAUCUGGAAGUUGCCCCUGACUAGCUAUUAUAUAUCUCUGGUAAAUCCUGCUGAAUGUAAGGAAUAUUCAGAGCUUUCAUACCUCAUCAUGAUGUUAUUUAAACAGCCAACUUAUGUGACCUGAUUUACUUUUUAAAAUUCACUUCAUUUAAACUAGAAAGAUUUCAGAGAAAAAAGGACAUUUAUCAGCCAAGAGUGUGAUGCAUUUUUUUACCUCUAGUCUGUAGUUGUGUCUGUGCUCUGGGAUGGAUACUGCCUGAUGUCUGUUAUUGAUGGAGCAGCCACUGCAAAACUAGUCAAGUCCCACCUAUACUGUUAUUUUUUUUAGUGCUGCUUUGUGCUGAGAGAAAAAUUUAGUUUACUGCACUUGACCUGUAAAAGACUUUGAUUCUUUGUAAUUUUAGGGAUUAAUUAGGUGGUUAAUUUAAAGAAGAACUUUCAAUGUUGCCUUUACAUCACAUUAAAAUAUAACUUCAGAAGGGUAAUAGAAGCACUGAUUCAUAGUAAAUAUCUUGUUUUUAGCUUUGACUUUUUUGUGGCUGAGUUUUUUAAGUUGUAAAUUACUGGUAAUGUGUCAUUUCUAUAUAAUGCUUUAAAUUAUGUACCUUCUGUUGGAUAACUAAAAAAUUAUCAUUUUAUAAACCAUUUGAAUGGAAAAAAAUAUAUAAAGCACACAAAGUUGUCUCCCCAUAUCAGUAAGAGUAGCAUACAAUGGGAGUUUUUGCUAGCAAUUGCAGGUGUCUCAACGAAUGAAUUAAAGUCCAUUUAGUAGAAGAAUUUAUCUUGCACUUGGUCCUAGAAGUUCAUGAACCUUAGGAUCUGAAUUAAACUUUUUGUUUUCAUAAUAAAAUGAUUUUUUAAGUAUAAGAAUUGGAAUUGACUAAAGAUAAAUACCAGUAUGAUUCAGAUGUGCUGGAAUUUGGUACUGAUAAUGCAGCCUCUUAGGUAAUAGAAAUGGCAUUUUAAGGGAUAACUGUAUAUUCCUAUUUUUACUUUUGCCUGACAGAUUCUAUUAAUUUGGUUUCAAUUUAUUGAAUACUUUUAUCACAAAGAUAUUACUCGUUGCAUGUUAAUUUUAACACAAGAAAAUUCUGUGACUUUAUAUACUGAUUUAGGAGAAAGUAGCCUUUGCUUUUUUUCUUUGCUUUUUUUUUCCUCUUCCUCCAAACUUUCAAAAUACAUUCUUUGUAGUAAGAACUUUGGUAGGGAAAAAAAAAGAAAUAUUCAGAAAAUUUGAGAUGUAAAAGCACCUGGUGUGUAAGGACCAGCAAGUACAUAAGAUUGAAUAGAGAUGUAACAGGGAAGGUACAGAUGAUGGACAUGAAGAGAGGAAAUGUUUAGGAGAACACUUACAUUCUGUCACUAACUAGUCAAGAUCCUUCUUAAUUAUUGCCUCCAUCAAUUAUACUGCUUUUGAAAACUCAGUUGCCCUGGGAUUGUUUCUUCCAUAUAACAGAUUGGACUUGGUUGUUUUCGGCCUUAUUGUCACAGAGAGAAAAUUAGCAUUUGUCCCAUAAUAUAUCUGAAUUACUACAAGUUUCUGCUGAUUUAAGGAAAAAAAUAUGUAAGUAUAAUUUAUCAAUCAAGCUGUCAACAAAAUCCUGUGUUGUACAUGGCUAUCUACAGGCAACUUUGGAUUUAUUUCUCUAGUUUAAAUAAUGUUUAAAUAAACAUUGCAACUGUUUGAUCCCCAAACUUGGGGCUGCAUUAUAAAAAGAGUUUCCUCGGGUCAAGGAAUUUCUUUUCUUGCUGAUAAAUCUUGUGAAAAUUGCAUUAAAGCAGGCAAGUCAUUAUAGGGACUAAAACUUUUUACAUAAAUUAGAAAUUGUUAUGUCUAAGGAUGAACAGUUAAAAAAGGAACUCAUUCUUUGAAAGAUGGUAUUGUUUGCUUUCAAUUUAUAUACUGUGCAUUACCUCUUACAUCCCUAAAUGUUCUCAUUUGCAUAGAUAGGUGUGCCUAUAUAUGGAAGUUUCAAAUCUAAAUCCUAAUAAGAUCAUUUCUUACUGUUGUGAAGUAAACAUAUUAAAUUUAUAUAUAUGUAUAUUUAAAUGCCUACUUGGGAAGUACUUGGGUUACCUUUCCCUAUCAGAUGUUAAAGUAAUUUUUAAAAAGUUAAAAAGUAGCUGAGGAUGUGGUUCAGUGGUAGAGCAGCACUCACCCAUGUGAAGCCCUGUGUUCUAUCUCCAGCACUGCAAAAUAAUACACCAUUAUUAAAGGUAUUAUUAUUAAGAGCCACCUGUGACUUGUGUAGUAUGCUGGCUAUAAUGUAAAGGAUAUUAUAUAACAUACUUUAUUGCCAGGAAAGGAUGGGUUGUAAGAAUUGGCUCCAGAGCAUCAGAAUAAUGAUUGUAAAGCAAACAUAUGCUAACAAAGUAUUAAAUUGCUGUUGGACAUAAAAUGCAUCUGGAAGCUUGGGGUAACAAGGAAUUAAGAACUAUUAAUGGAAUAGAAGUUCCAUUAUAUUUUCAAGUGAGGUUUAACUAAGGUAUACGAAGAGUAACCUGUUUUAAUACAGGUCAGUUUGUUUUUAUUUGAGCAUCUGUUGUGUGUCAGGUGCUUAGCUAAAGGCUUUUCCUUGUUAUUAAUUAAUCCUCCAGCUGCUUUUUAAGGUGGAUAGUUAAGACUGCUAACAAAUUACUUUGCCCCAAGGUCACAAUUUUUAGAUAAUGGCUGUCCAAAGGAAAAGAAGAGCUCUGCUGAGUUUUGUAUCUUAAAGAAAGCAGAGGUCAUGUGACACUUCUGUUCCCAGGAACUCCCAAAUUACUAGCAGCCAUAGGUGGGUGAACCCUUUUUGUUGGCCCAUUCUUCCUCAUCAACAACACUUUAAAGUAGCUCCUAUUAUUCUAAGUUGCUUUCAAUUUACAUAGUCUGAUGCAUUGGUCCUCAGCCCAAGCAUCUUUUCCCUUCUGUGGUGCUAAAAUUCUGUAUAACCAGACUGUACAACAAAGGUUAAAGAAUAUGCAAAUGAUUGAUUUUGAGUUUAGUAACAUAAUGGCUAAACUCAUGUUUCCAUGGAAAUGCAAAUAUAGGAGGUAUCAACAGAAAAUGAAAAGCUUUGGAAUGAAGAAAUUACUAUCUUAGAAAGCAGUGUCUUGAGCUACAAGUGUGGCUCAAGUGAUAGAGUGCUAGCCUAGUAAGUGUGAGGUCAUGAGUUUAAAUCCCAGUACUAUAAAAAAAAAAAA